GGGCCCGGGCCGGAGGCGGAGCCGCCGCCCGCCGCCACUUUCGGACUCGCGCCAUGGCCACGCGCUGGUGGCGGUGGCGGUGGCGGUGGCGGUGGCGGUGCGGCUGCUACUGGAGGCCGGCGGCGCGGAGUCCUAGGCCCGGCUUUCCCGGCAGUGCGGGGCUGCCCGGGCCGCGCGCCGCUGCCGACGCUCGCGCGCAGAUGUCAUAUUUUAAUCUUGUGAAGAGCAUAACAUCUGCCUUUCAAAAUGUGUAUGAGUUAUCACGGUUUCAUCACACAACCCCAGGGGUGUGCUGUCGUAGUAAAAUACAAAGUGGUGAACAAUAUACUGAUCCUUUUAAACUGGGUUGGAGAGACUUGAAAGAUCUAUAUGAAGAUAUUAAGAAGGAAUUGCUCAUAUCUACAACGGAACUUAAGGAAAUGUCUGAGUACUACUUUGAUGGAAAAGGAAAAGCCUUUCGACCAAUUAUUGUGGUGCUAAUGGCCCGAGCAUGUAACAUUCAUCAUAAUAACUCCCGAAACGUGCAUGCCAGCCAGCGUUCCAUAGCCUUAAUUGCAGAAAUGAUCCAUACUGCUACCCUGGUUCAUGAUGACGUCAUCGAUGAUGCAAGUUCUCGAAGAGGAAAACACACAGUUAACAAGAUCUGGGGUGAAAAGAAGGCUGUUCUUGCUGGAGAUUUAAUUCUUUCUGCAGCAUCAAUAGCUCUGGCACGGAUUGGAAACACUACUGUUAUAUCUAUUUUAACCCAAGUUAUUGAAGAUUUGGUGCGUGGUGAGUUUCUUCAACUGGGAUCCAAAGAAGAUGAGAGUGAGCGAUUCGCCCACUACCUGGAAAAGACCUUCAAGAAGACUGCGAGUCUGAUUGCCCACAGUUGUAAAGCAGUCUCUGUCCUGGGAUGCCCAGACCCAGCGGUGCAUGAGAUCGCUUAUCAAUAUGGAAGAAAUGUGGGAAUGGCUUUUCAGCUCAUAGAUGAUGUGCUGGACUUCACCUCAUGUUCCGAACAGAUGGGCAAACCGACAUCCACCGACCUGAAGCUCGGGUUAGCCACUGGCCCAGUCCUAUUUGCAUGCCGGCAGGUUCUAACCUCUCAAAAUUUUGAGGCUGAGGUGAGGAGUGAAAGGAGUGCAGUGAAUACAUGCCAAAUUCUGGCAAAAGUGUGUAAAAGCCGCCUUUACUAUAUUACAAGUGGAGAACAUUUUCUGUUUUGCCAUAAACCCACACAAGAAUCAUCAUCCAAAGCCAUGGAAAUGUAAAGGUAUGGUCCCACUUAGUGCCCUCAGAUACCAGUCAGUGAAGACAAGGAAAGAAGAGUGUGAAGGCUUCAUUCAGGGAGGCCCUGAAAUGACCAUAUUAGGAUGAUGAAGAAACAGGCGUUUCUCUAAAACGGCUUAUAAUCUACUAAAAAUUUUGGUUGCUAUGCUUUUAGCAAUCUCAGCAAUGAUUGGUAGUUCUUAUGAGCCUGUGAUUCUAACCAUUGAGUGCGCCCUAAACUAAGAUGAUUAGUUGAGAAUAGUGUGGCCUCAUCACUAGGAGUAAUGGCUCAUUCUGCGUUCAGACAUAGUGCACGGGAUGGCGGGGUUGGGGUGCAGGGCAGGCCCCUCCUGUACACCAAUCUGUUGGUAAUCUACAGUAGGCAGGAAAAUGCUGACGUGCAGGGGAUAGGACACAAGGAAAAGGAACAAUGAAGGGCUGCAGUGCCCUCAAACCACAACUGCGUGUGCUUCCCUGGGAAGUCCCAGGGUCAUAAGGCCUCUACUCAUUCUCACCAGACAGCACUUUUCCUCGCCCGUAAAGCAGUGGGGAAGAGAGAUUACAAAGGCACAGGGCAGCCUCACCCUCAAAAAGGGAACACUUGUUGAGGCCAAGCAGGAAGUGACUCCGGACAACACUUUAUUUCAUAAGCAGGCUGAUUUUUCUUUUUUUGUCUUCUGGCACAUGGGCCAAAAGUUAAUCAAGUAUGUAAUUAUUGUUAGGCAAAUAUGUAUUCAUAAAUUAUUUUCAAAUAAAACACCAAGUUUAUACUCUCCUGUGGGUUACAUUGUCAAAAAAAAAAAAAAAGGAUUCUUACCAAGAUUUAUUAGAAGUUAAAGUAAUUUUGGGUAAAGCAGUUCCAAAAAUAACAUUAAGAACUGCUGUGUAUCUUCAGUUAAUGAAAAUGUGUUCUAUAUAAUUUAUAAAGGAUUCUUUGACACUUUAUAUCUAAUCCUACAAUUCCCCUUUGUGGUAGAUAUUCUGAUGUCUAUUUUAUAAAUAAGAAGCUGCUGCUCAAGCCUGGCCAAAAUUAAACAUCUGGUAAAUGGCACAGAGGGCCAUUGACUGUUCCCAAA